AAGGACGUCUGCACUGCAGUUUUCAUACGAAAGAGAAUCUGUUUUUUCUGUAGAGUGUAGAGUUGUAUACGUCACCUUUUUUUUGUCGAGAUGAAGCAAUAAACUUCAACAAUUCUGCUACAAUUUUCUGCACCUUGUUACCUUUGCUCUAAAGAUAACUUGAAAACUACUUUUUGUGUUUGUUUCUGAACAGUCAAAUAGAUAUAGGAAAAAGAAACAGCAAUGGAGCAGAAAAAUUCAGAAAAGAUGAAGUACAUCAGCCUUGUUACCCUGACUGUCCAAAACGCAGCUCUUGGGUUGAGUAUGCGGUACGCCAGAACCCGUGUAGGAGAUAUGUUCCUCUCAUCAACAGCUGUCCUGAUGUCAGAGCUUGUAAAGUUGAUAUCCUGCCUUUGGCUAGUUUACCAUGAGGAAGGAAACUCAAUUUCGAAGCUCAAAGAAGCAGUGCACACCCAAAUCAUCAAGCAGCCUCUUGAUACAUUGAAAGUAUGUGUGCCAUCAAUGGUGUAUGUUGUUCAAAACAACUUGUUGUAUGUUGCUGCUUCUCAUCUUGAUGCUGCUACUUAUCAGGUGACCUAUCAGCUCAAAAUUCUUACCACUGCCCUCUUUACGGUUGCUAUAUUGAAGAGGCAGUUGAUAGCUACUCAGUGGACAGCGUUGGUUGUAUUGCUUGUCGGUGUCGCCAUGGUUCAACUGGCUCAGACUGAGCCGGAGAAAACGGACAAAACAGCCUCCUCUGGUCCUGAACAGCAUCGUUGGGUUGGCUUUGGUGCUGCAUUAGCUGCUUGUGUUCUGUCUGGAUUUGCGGGAAUUUAUUUCGAAAAAAUCCUCAAGGGAUCUAACGUCUCGGUGUGGAUGCGAAAUAUCCAGCUGAGCUUUUUAUCUCUUCCUUUCGGAUUGUUCACUUGCUUAAUUUACGACUGGAGCACAAUCAACUCGCAGGGAUUCUUUUUCGGAUAUGACUCCUUCAUCUGGUAUUUGGUUGUUCUUCAAGCGACUGGAGGGCUACUAGUCGCCAUGGUCGUCAAGUACGCCGAUAACAUCUUGAAAGGAUUUGCCACUUCGUUGGCCAUCAUCUUGUCUUGUGUUGUGUCCAUCUAUUUAUUCAACUUCAACUUGACGCUGCAAUUUUCCGUCGGAACUCUGUUAGUAAUGGGUUCAGUAUUCCUCUACAGCUACACGCCGCCCAAGAACUUGCAACAUCAAAAUGUUAAAAUUUGAGGCUCCUUUUUAGUCUCUCUCGAAGCAACUGUCUCCAUGAAUAUUUCUUGUUUGCGCGUGAGCUUAUUCUGUCCAAUUAUUUGCAUAUUAAUUAUAUUAUUUACUGUUUUUUGUUGGCCUCUACAAUGGUGGUGGGAGAUGUUGAGAAUUAAUAUUCCCAGGUCAUUGCUACUGCAUCAGGUGCGAUGGCCACACGCCCUCAACAAUCGUGUGCCCUUCCUAUUCUAUAUAUAUGUGCGAUUGCAUUACAAAAAGAAAAUCCAGUC